CCAGUGAGCGGCUAAUCCUGAGCCCGUGGCCCCGUCUCUCCCUGAUCCAAUCCCCGUUCUUCAGUCUGCUCUCAAUUUGCAGAUCGAGCAUCUCUGUGCUGAGCUGCAGGAAACGCUCCGGCCCUUCCGUCACAUCCAGUCUUCAGCUAUUCUGAGAUAAAAAAAGGAAAAAGAGCACGCAUUACCAUGGCAAACUCUUUCACCCGCAUGAUUUCUGGCCGUAACACGGCAGCGAUUUUGGCCAUUGGCGCUGGGAGUCUGGCAUCUGGAUUCCUCCUCAGUGACAGCACUGCCGCUGCUGAGAGGAGGAGGCUCUAUCCACCCAGCGCAGACUUCCCCGACCUGAGGAAGCACAACAACUGCAUGGCAGCGGCCCUGACCCCAACCAUUUAUGCACGCCUGAGAGACAAGACAACACCCAGCAACUGGACCCUGGACCAGUGCAUCCAGACCGGGGUGGACAACCCUGGACACCCCUUCAUCAAGACUGUGGGCAUGGUAGCUGGAGAUGAGGAGAGCUACGAGGUGUUUGCUGAGAUCUUCGACCCUGUUAUAAAGGAUAGACACAACGGCUAUGACCCUCGCACAAUGAAGCACCCCACUGACCUGGAUGCUUCCAAGGUGACCUCAGGAUUUUUUGAUGAACGCUACGUGUUGUCAUCUCGCGUCCGCACCGGUCGCAGCAUCCGUGGGCUGAGCCUCCCUCCCGCGUGCUCUCGCUCUGAGCGCCGGGAAGUGGAGCGCGUGGUUGUGACGGCUCUGUCCGGCCUGAAGGGAGACCUGGCUGGUCGCUACUACAGCCUGGGGGAGAUGACUGAGAGAGAGCAGCAGCAGCUCAUUGACGAGCACUUCCUGUUUGAUAAACCUGUGUCACCUCUGCUCACAUCAUCUGGGAUGGCCAGAGACUGGCCUGAUGCUCGCGGGAUCUGGCACAACAACCAGAAGAACUUCUUGAUCUGGAUCAAUGAGGAGGACCACACAAGGAUCAUAUCCAUGGAGAAAGGAGGAAACAUGAAGAGGGUGUUCGAAAGGUUCUGCCGAGGUCUUAAACAGGUGGAGCAGCUCAUUCUGGAGAGAGGAUGGGAGUUCAUGUGGAACGAGCGUCUGGGCUACAUCCUCACCUGCCCCUCUAAUCUCGGCACCGGGCUCAGGGCUGGUGUGCAUGUUCGUCUGCCCCUACUCAGCAGGGACCCUCGCUUCAAAAAGAUCCUGGACAACCUGAGGCUACAGAAGAGAGGCACAGGAGGAGUUGACACGGCUGCUACUGGAGACACCUUUGACAUCUCUAACCUUGACCGUCUGGGCAAGUCAGAGGUUGAGCUGGUACAACUAGUGAUCGACGGCGUGAACUACCUAAUUGAAUGCGAGAAGAGGCUGGAGAAGGGGCAGGACAUCAAGAUCCCUUCCCCGAUUGCUCAGUUCAGGAAGUGAAUCUCACCUCUGCUCCAGCCCUAACCCUGGAAUAGAGCAGGUGCUCCAACCGCUGGUCGCUAACUGUUGGUCUUAUCAGAUAUAAGUGGCACGUGUAGCUGCGUGCUAAGUGAUGUGCACAAUACAUUUAUGACAUGUACAUGAAUUCUUAACACAAUAAACUCUCCUGAUAAACAGA